AAGAAAUAUGGAAACAUUUUAUAAGAAAUACGGAGUUUUGGGCUUCAUUUUCAAUUCAAGUUAAAUAGUUGGACGGCUCAGGAACAAACGAAUUAGAAAAAGUCAGAUUGCCGAACCACUGUGCAACGAAAUCCGACAUCCGUUGAGGGGUCCGAUAGGCUGGCGCAGAAGCUGGGUACCCAGUGACUAGAGCUCUACGAUGACAACCUCAAGUAUGGUGUUCGGCGCAUCCGUAGCCCUUAUUCUGUUGAUGUGGACUGGAGCAGGGCAUUGCCAAGUGGGCUACGUACGGCACCUGUCGGAGCUGCGAAUUAGGGAACUUGAAAAAUUGGCAGUUCGCAUGCAGAGCUCCAUCAACAGCGAAAAGUAUGCCUGUGAUAGUUAUUUCGACUACGUCUGCAGCCGCAAUCGACCACUAUUUUCAGUAAUGGGACACAUGCCGCAGAUGGACGAUCUGAUGCAGCUGCUGACCGAGCUACAGAACGAUCCAGAGCACUUCGAGGCCAAACAGAAGAUGCUGGACUUCUUCAUCUCCUGCAACUCGCAGCACGCGCUGGAAGACUGCUAUCGGGAGACCUUUGAGUAUUUCAAGCCACUUUUCGGGUACAUAGUUACAAAAAACCUGCUCGACGGAGGAUCCCACGAGCUGGAUGACUUCCUGGGCAUUUUGGACCGCUUCGUCGCCAGGCUUCAGAAGGACCGAGAUUCGAACCCCAUUCUCAGCAAGCUAGCCACCUACAAGCAGAAGUUCAAAACGCCGCGCGUCUACUUCCAUGCCAGAGACCUGAGCCGGGAGUACCAGGACCUGCGGAUCUACCGGGAGAGCUACGAGCACAACGUUCGCAAUCUGGAGCAGCACCGGAAGCUGAACUCCACGUACGAGCUGGGGGUUCAGCGCACCAUGCUGGAUUGGAGCAUGUACCUCUUCCAGAGCCGCAACAAACCCAUGUCCUACUUCUACUCCACGUUCACGGUCCACUUGUACAUGAUGCUCUUCAACAGUCGGGAGCGUCAGCGGGACUUUACGCGGUUCCGCGAAGACGUAGAGUGCUUAAGGCUGCCGCAGUUCGUUAAUGUUCUGGAUGAGGCCAGGAUGCUGGCUGUGAUCUACUUAAAGAGUUUCAGAGCCGCCUGGAUAGACUACAGCGCAUGGACCAACUCGCCGCCACAGAACAGUGGGAUAUACGAUCAAGAGAACGGCGUCCUUCAAAAGUACCAUCUGGACAACAAGCGUAUAUUCUUCACCCUUUACGCUCAGAACUUUUGCGAGUUUGGCAAGGAUCUGGCCGAGCAUGUGUUCUACCUGGGCCUUAAGCAGAAUAAGGACUUUUUCGACAUAUACUCGUGCGGUUUCCAAACGGAAAACCCUAUGACUUGUGUUUGAUUGAUCAAACUUUCUUACCUUUUUUUUAGUUUACGAUAUAUGACAAGAGCUUAAAACCUGAUACAAAUGUGACAUAAAUGCAUCCUUACACUUUUAAAUAAAGUUCGCAUUAUAAAUCUGUUCAGUAGUCGCGAGCUAUUGCAAAUUAAAACAAGAGUCUCCUCUAUUAUAUACCCGGUUUCCCAUUUUUCUGGCAUACUAAAUAUAAAUAUAGAUAUAAAUAAAG